AUGGCAUCAGCUCAUGUCGCGAGUAAAAGUAGUGUUUUAGAUGAAGCUACACUGGUAGAUCAACUAAAUACUCUCUUAUCUUCGCUGAACAUCCCGAUCACUUUAGUUUCACCCACAGACUUGACGCCUAGUCUCUUAAUCGCCAUUCUCGAAUCCAUGUUGAACAUGCGGAUACCCCUCAUCGACCGAAGCCAGCAAGCGAAGUAUUCCAAAGCUUCCAAAGUCCAGAACAUGAAGAUAUUUUUAGGUUUCCUCGAAAUUGAUGUAAUGAAGAUGGAUGUUGGUCUUAGUGAUAUCGACCCUCGGCGCCUAGCGGACGGAGAAGAGGAGGAGAUUUCCUUUGUCGCGGAACUACUUUGUUGGAUGGGUAGACGAGAAGGCCUUAUCCAAACCCCGAGGACGCACAAGCGACAAUCAAUUGCUCAGCGAUACCAUACCCCACCUCAAUCCACGCCUCCACCCGCUCCGCUUUCUCCAAAGUCACAGCUAGAUUUGGAUGCCAUAUCUCUAUUCCAGACGGGGUCCACAGCUACAGGAAGCACGAGACGCUCUCAUCAUCUCUUCUCCCCCUUCAUGAAAGAUACGGACAAGGAAUCUUUCACUACCCUAGAUGCCGGGGAACACGAUGUGCACGACGAACAUCCCGACGAAUCCUCGGACAAUGUUUCGGAUGUCCUGAGCGCUCUUCCACCUUUUGCGAAAUCCGACAUUCCUCAACCUCCAUGCGAUCACGAAUAUGCAGCACCAUCAUCAUCUCUUUUAUUCUCGCGCGAUUAUGCUCAGCCUUCAACCCCGGCAAUCGCGCAUUCUAGCGACCGAACACCGCGUGCCACCUACAAUCAACCUAUUCGUACAAACCAUGACACCAGCAAUGUCUUUCUUGACACCGAUGAUUGGCAAAAUCAAUCGAACACCUCCGUCAGAUAUUCAGGGUACAUUGAGCCUGUGGACGAGGAAUUAGAAUUGGCAGAGUUUGAACACAGUCGUUCCUUGUCUAUCGAUCGCCCUCGUUCAAAAGGAAAGACUCGUUCUGUCAAAAUAGAAACGGUGCAAGAACAAUACGAACGCACUCGAGAGCUCCUAAAUGAAAGAGCUCGUCUUUUGAAUCAACUUGCGGAACUUAAGAUAUCACAUGGAUAA